AAUUUUGAGGGGGUUAGCUACAAACAAAGACUGCAACUAAACUAUUUUGAAUCAGUUUUUUCCCUCUCAAGGCCAUCUGUCAACGUGCAAGACGAAGAAGAAGGCCAAGUGUUCGUGAAAAUGCCCCAACGAAACUCCAUCAGCAGAGAACAGCCCAACAGUAGCACCCCCACUCUCCGAAGAUCUCCGAGGCUUCUUUCAAAGCUUCAUUCGCCUCCACAAGAUCCGAAGACCCCUUCCCCCAAAUCGAGGGCCAACUCCGUCCAUCCUCUCUCACUCACCUCAUCACACGAGCGGUAUCUGAAGAAAACCCACAAACAAAUCCCAAACGAAGUUCCAAACAAGUUCGAAGAAUCGAAAUGUGGGUCGAAGAAGAUUUCCGAGAAAUUGAAUACUGGGUCGAGAAGAUCUGCGACAUUCAAUGGUGGUGCUUGUCUCCGACGAUCUCCGAGGUUUUCCGGUAAUCAAAUUACUCCUGAUGAAUUUGUUGAUAACAAAAGUCUCAAUAUGUCUAAGCAAAAGGGUUUCUUGAAUGUGGGGAAGGUUGAAUUGGGCAUCGAUUUGUGUAAACAAGUUGUGGCUAAAAUUGACAAGAAGGUGACGCGUAGUUCUAGUAGGCGAAAUGCUGAUGAAUGUGCUAAGAAGACUAACAAGGAUAAGUGCAAUGGGUUUAUCGAGAGUGCUUCGAUUCAAGUUUUUGAUAAAGAGGAUUUCCCAGAUGUAGGAAGAGCUAAAUUGGGUACUAAUUCAUGUAAACAAUUUGGGGGUAAAUUGGAAAAGAGGUCGAUGCGUAGCUCUGGGGCUAACAAGGGUAAGUGUACUGGAUUUAACGAGAGUGCUUCCAUUUUUGAUGAAGAGGAUUCAUCAGAUGUAGAAAUAGCUAAAGAGGGUGCUAAUUCAUGUAAAAAGUUUGGGGGCAAAUUGGAAAAGAGGUUGACCCGUAGUUGUCGGGCUCUGGGCGUUAUAGAUGGCGGGGAAGAGAAGAAGGAGAGAGAUCUUGAUAAAAGAAUGAAAGUAAUUGGGGUUAAGAGGAAGAGAAAUCAAGUUGGUGUAGGUCAUGGAAUAGUUAAUGGGUGGACUAAGGAUCAAGAAUCGGCACUGCAGAGAGCUUACUUUACUGCGAAGCCAACGCCCCAUUUCUGGAAGAAGGUUGCUAAGCUGGUGCCUGGAAAGUCUGCACUUGAUUGUUUUGAUAAAGUCCAUGCUGACCACUUGACACCUCCUCAAACUCGAACCCGAUUGAGGUCUAGAAAAACUAAUUUGUCAUCCUUCUCACUCUCGGCAAGUACAUUGCUUAAUUCUGCAGAGUCAAAGACUAGAAGGCCAAGUUUCCUUAAACAAAAGAGUCAUCUUGCACAGAGGACUGUGCGACAAUUACUACAAAAGCAUUAUAAUGUAGACCAAGAUUAUGAAGCUGAUUUAUUCUCUGUUCUUGAGUCCUCCUUUAAUCCAUCUACCCAAAUACAUUCCACACCAGAAUGUGAAAAAGGAAAACCUGGGUAUCUUAAGGAAUUCCGUGAGAGAUCUUCUUCAGCAAGUAAGAAGCAUGUUUCACGACAUGGUAACUCGUAUGGAGCAACUAUUGUGAGCCCCCCGGUUCUGAAGCAGAUUAAAAACAAAGUCUUACAUGAGAAAUAUAUUGAUAAGUUACAUUGCAGGGAAGCUAAGAGAAGGGCAGCAUCUGCGCACGCAUCCAAAUCCAUUCCAGGGAAAGAUGAUAGAAAGGAGAGCUAUAUCCAGAAAAAGGAUGCUAUUGAAGCUGCAAAAAGUGCUCUGGUUUCUGAUGCAAAUGAUGUUAUCCAUCAAUUCCAACACUUGAAGGGUAGUUCUAUGAGUAACUACUUCAAUUUUGAUGAUGAUGAUGAUGAUGUUGAGAGGGAUGACGAUGAAGGUGAAGAUGAACCUUAACAACUCACUUUUCCUUAUAUUGAAUUGUAUCAGCAUGUAUUGAGAUAAUUGAUUAUGAUUGAAGCUGCAUCUGUAACCGCUGAAAUAUUGGAUCUACACUCUAGCAAUUGUGUAUUGCUUCAGAAUACUGCUUCAAUAAUAUCUAGAAAGCCCUGCUUAUGGCAAUUUCUUUA